UAAGUAAUUCUGGGAUGCUUAGAAAAACAUUCAAAUCCAAUAUUAAGGACAGAUCGACACAACUUCAAGUAUUCUGUUUUCGACUAAGGUGCAAGCAACUUCACCAAACUUGAGAAAACUAUUUAGUGUGGAGAUACGGAUAUUUUACAAGACUUGUGAAUCUUUAUACUUGGACUUUUGUGUUACUACAGUAUGCUCCUGUUACAGGGUAACCACUACUCUACACCGACUUCAGCAGCACCAUCCAGUAUGUACGAGGACGACUUCAUGAGCCAGCGAGCCAGACACUUUCCUCUUGGCCACCCUGGACUUAUGCCAUCGCCACAAGCAUUUUCUUUUGGAUUUCCAGUGCAUCCAGCCCAUGACCCAAUGGGUCUUUCUAGCCAGAGCCAACAGUUUGGUGGUUAUCCCUCACUCGGCUCCCACUCGGACCACAAGCGUAUGUUGGGAGGACCAGGACAGAAUGAGACUUCAGAUAAGAACAUCAAAAUUACCUUGGAAAACCGUGACCUCUGGCAAAAGUUCCAUAACAUCGGCACAGAAAUGAUCAUCACAAAAACCGGAAGGCGUAUGUUUCCAACACUCAAAGUUGCCAUGGAAGGUCUAGACCCUCACUCAAAGUAUAUUUUAUUGGUUGACAUCGUACCCGUGGAUGACUGCCGCUACAAGUACCACAACUCAGAAUGGGUCGUCACCGGUAAAGCAGAACCACACAUGCCUGGGAGACUGUACAUCCACCCAGACUCUCCAGCUUCCGGUUCCCACUGGAUGAAACAGCCGCUUACGUUCCAUAAACUCAAACUGACCAACAACAACCUUGAUCAAAAUGGACAUAUCAUCCUAAAUUCCAUGCACAAGUACCAACCACGUGUUCACAUAGUCCAAGCAAACGACAUUUUCACCAUGAGAUGGAACUCAUUCAACACCUAUGCCUUUGAAGAGACAACCUUCAUUGCAGUGACAGCUUAUCAGAACGAACAGAUCACACAGUUGAAAAUUGACUACAAUCCUUUCGCUAAAGGGUUUAGAGACAAUGGAAUGGGUCGGAGUUCUUCUUUCAGGGACCAUCGACUGAGCGUGAAAAGACCAGCAUCUGACGACAUCUCAGAAAAAGAUUCUCCAACUUCAAAGAAAGUAAAAUCUGAAGAUGAAACAACACCUGAAAGGGUAACCAUGCCAGCUGCUAAUGUCUCACGUGCCAAAUCAGACGACGAAAAUGACUCUGUUUCUGAAACUAGUCACGAGGGUAACCAUGACAACGAUCUUACAGCAUGCCGCAUCAAAGGAGACACAAGUAUUCCACUCAACAAGACAACCAGCCCACAACAACAAAGUGCUAUCAGCCCAAAUUCCUGUGACUUCAUGAGUUCUGCAUUAAAACCUUAUUCUAGUCAUACAUUUUCCAGUGUCGGCGACCAAGCAUACUAUCCUCAUCAUUCAUCAAUCAACAGAUCUCCGACAUCGUUCAUGCCAGUCUCAUCAUCUUCAUCAAGUUUAUUACAACCAUCAUCGUCAGGUUUAGGUCUGCACAAUAUCAGCCAUCAACAGAUGCAAGCAUGCCGUCUUUCUGGUCAAACCAGCGAUUGCGCAUUACGCCAACCAUCCGGGCACUUGUCAUCGGUUAACCAUAGUUAUGGUAUCAGGACAUCACCGCCUCAGCAUCCAUCUCUACCGUCAUGUACUUACAUGCAGCCGUCUCAGCCGUAUCCAACACACCUUGCACCAAAUGUACACAUGAUGAACAUGAACUUUCCAGGGUCAAUGUCAUGAACUAGUGUGAAAAAACAAUACGAUAAUUCUGCAUGAACAGUUAGGGCCUCGACCCAAAUCAAGAUUGUGCUGACCAUGAAGGUCAGGUUAUUGACCCGUAUCAAGAUUGUGCUGACCAUGAAGGUCAGGUUAUUGUUGUUUGUGACAAUCAAAAUAAUAUACGGAUACACAGAGAUAUUUCUAAAACUUUGUUAGUUGUAUGAAACAUAUGACCUUGUUUUGUUUUGAGUUAUUAGUUGUACCUCAUAUUUGGUCAGCCAUCUUGAAUUCCUAAUUGUAUUUAUAUAUGUCCGGGAAAUGGACGGAUACUUAUCCCUACACAUUCUUUGUAUAGUCGGGGUUGAAUAUUCAUAUAUGUAAAUAGAAAAAAACAGAUUUUAUUAUUAUUAUGAACUACUGCAAAAAUGUGGUGUUUUGAUAGAGUGAAGAUUAGAACGGUGCUAAUGAUAAUUCACAAUUAAUUGUUAAAAUGUUGUUUUGUAUUAUAAAUGCUUCUUUUUUGGUAUCUUUGAUAGAUCCAAAUAAAAUAUUCAAAAGUAA